AUGGUAAAAUCGAGUGGUCCUCGAAAACGUAUCAUCCCGGCGGCCCUCCACCUCGUCGCUGUGGCAGCGAAAACGAAAAUGAAGACCAACAACAACAACAACAACAACAACAACAACAACAACACGAGCACACACGCUCUGCUUCUACUGCUACUGCUUCCGCCCGCCGCCGCUCCCCAGACCCCGGGACCCACAGAGUACGCAGCGGCCCGCGUGCACGACAUAGUCUCCGCGUUCGAGCUGUUUGUCACGUGGGACGUGGAGGAGAUCGUGGUGGCGGCGACGAACCUCGAGGGCCUGAGGAAAUGCGGCAACGACUGGAAAACGAUGGACGCCGCGGACCUGCGCGGCUACCUCGGGCUGCUGAUCCUCUCGGGCGUGUACAGGUCCGGCAACGAGGCUGCGGAGAGCCUGUGGCACGAGGAGAGCGGCAGGCCCAUAUUCCGCGCCACGAUGCCGGUCAAACGGUUCCACGCGUACUCGAGACUGCUGCGAUUCGACGACCGCGAGUCGAGAGCCGCCAGACGAGCCUCGGACAAACUGGCGGCCGUGCGGGACGUGUUUGACGCGUGGGCGCGCCGGCUUCCCGGCCUCUACAACCCGGGCCCCGACGUGACCGUGGACGAGCAGCUGGUCCCCUUUCGAGGUCGAUGCCCGUUCCGCCAGUACAUGCCCAGCAAGCCCGCGAGGUACGGCGUCAAGCUGUGGGUGGCCUGCGACGCCAAGUCCAGCUACGCGUGGAACGUGCAGGCCUACACGGGAAAGGCCGCGUGCGGCGCGUCCGAGAGGAACCAGGGCGCCCGGGUGGUGCUGGACCUGACCGAGGGGCUCGCGGGCCCUCGCAACGUCACGUGCGACAACUUUUUCACCUCGUACGACCUGGCGCGGCGGCUCCUGCGCGAGAGGCGCCUCACCCUGGUGGGCACGAUGCGCAAAAACAAGCCGGAGCUGCCGGCCGCCUUGCUCGACACCAGGGGCCGCGCGGUCGCCUCGUCCAGGUUCGCCUUCACGCCCGACGCCGCUCUGGUGUCCUACGUGCCCAAGAGGAACAAGAACGUGCUGCUGCUGAGCACGCUGCACGCGGGGGACGCGCGGCUCCUGGUGGCGUCCGGCGGCCGCGCGGCCAAACCCGAGAUCGUGCUCCACUACAACGCCACCAAGGGCGGCGUGGACAACCUGGACAAGCUCGUGGCCACGUACAGCUGCCGUAGGAAGACCGCGCGCUGGCCCCUCGCCGUGUUCCACAACGUCCUCGACGUGUCCGCCUACAACGCCUUCGUGAUCUGGCGAGAGCUCAGGCCCGCGUGGAUGCGCGGCAAGCUCAACAGGAGGAGGGCGUUCCUCGAGCAGCUGGGACGGGCGCUCGUCGCGCCGCUCAUGGAGAGGAGGAGGUGCCUCCCUCGCACGGAGGCGGCCGCCGCGCUCGUCAGGGCCGCGACGAGAGGGCCAGCCGAGGGCCCGCGACGACCGGAGGGCGAGCGGGAACCGCCCGCGCCGAGAGCGGCCGGCGAGAGGAAGAGGUGUCAGCUCUGUCCCAGGAGCAACGACCGCAAAACGAACGCCGUCUGCGCCAGCUGCCGGAGCUGCUUCUUAUUUGAGAGUGCAGAUGCAAAUUUUGCAAGAAAGCAUACCAUGGCUUCUAACCAAUGCACCCAGGUGAUGGUUGACAGAGGAUUCGCUAACGACGGCAAGAAAACCUGUUUGCCGGAGAAAACCUUCAUCAGGGGUACUGUGGACGAGGUCCGAGCCAUCUGUGAGGGUAGAGGAAGUGGAGUCAGCAAAGAGAACUUUAAACUGGUUGAGUGUAAAAUUGAUCCUGCUCAUAACAAGCCUCCCAACUGUCAGUACACGGUGGAGGAGGUGGAGAAGAAAAUUCUGGUCACCUGUGUCAAAAACAAACCUACUGAGUUUCAACCACAGGAGUAA